CCAGUUCUCACAGCCCGAGGGACCACAUGUUGCUGCCGAUGUAAUGGCUCGUCACCUGCAAAACGUAUUCUCAGGUGCUACACUACCCACUACUAGGCUCACUGCUCCACAUAUCCCACAAGGUCCUCAUCCAGUUACUCCUGAUGUCUGUCCCAUUACUGAGUACAGUACGUUAUGCCUUGUUGCGUCGUUUGUCUCGACGUAAAGCUCCUGGGGCUGACCAUCUACGUACCGAGAUGCUAUUACCAAUAACCGAAGUCAUUGUCCCAGUGAUUACUCUUUUGUUUCAACUUUGUUGGAAAUGGUCUUGCGUCCCUCGCUUGUGGUGCACUGCCCAGGUAGUCCCCAUCUCCAUUAUGCGCAAGCUCCUUGAGCUUUGCCUUCAGUCAGAACUUGAGAAUACAGCUCCUACACUUGAUCCUGUACAAGAUGGAUUCAGACGUCAACGAAGCGCUCUAGAUCAA